AUGAAUCCCCACAAUAAUAGUGAUGAAGAGGAUAAUGCUGAAUAUGAUGAUGAUGAUGAUGAUGAUGAGGAUGAGGAUGAUGAUAUAUCUGAUGAAGAACCAGUUAACCCUGCUGAUGAAGAAGAUUUAAAAGAUUAUGUACCCGGUGGUUAUCAUCCAUGUUUUAUUGGUGAAGAAUAUAAAAAUGGGAAAUAUACUUUAGUAAGAAAACUUGGUUGGGGUCAUUUUUCUACUGUAUGGUUAGCUCGUGAUAAUGAUAAACAUUGUCAUGUAGCAAUGAAAGUAGUACGAUCAGCAAAACAUUAUACUGAAACUGCCAUUGAUGAAAUAAAAUUAUUGGAUAAAGUUACUACAUGUGAUAUUCAUCAUCCUGGUCAUCAACAUGUCAUACAAUUAUUAGAUACUUUUACUCAUAAAGGACCUAAUGGAAUUCAUGUAGUUAUGGUUUUUGAAGUUUUAGGAGAGAAUUUAUUAGGAUUGAUUAGACGUUAUAAACAUCGUGGUAUCCCCGUAGUAUUUGUUAAACAAAUUGCUAAACAAUUAUUAUCAGCAUUAGAUUUUUUACAUCGAAAAUGUGGAGUUAUUCAUACUGAUUUAAAACCAGAAAAUAUUUUAAUUGAAAUUGGUGAUGUUGAACAAAUUGUUAAAUUAGUAGAAGAAGAAAAUUUACAACGGAAAUUACAAAGAAAAUUAUCAAGAACAGUUUCUAAAACUUCAACACCAAUUAAUGCUACACCUAAUAGUUCAUUUUCUAAUUAUACCAACAUAGCUACUACCAAGAAAAUCUCCAUUAAUGAUUCUAUUAUUUCACCAAAUACUUCUAGUACAGCAUUAACAAGUAGUAAUUCAUUUCUUAAUCAUUCACCUUCAUUAGGUAGAAGUGGAAGAAGAACUAGACGAACAACAUUAAUUACUGGAUCUCAACCAUUACCAUCUCCAUUAAGAAGUUUUAAUAAAUCAUUUACAAAUGUUUAUGGAUUAUCAUCUUCAAUAACUAAUACUCCAGUUCGUAAUAUUUCCAUUAAUAAUAAUAACAGCAGCAACUACAACAACAACAACAACAAUAAUUUUAGUUUUAUUAAUAAUAGCAAUAGUAAUAGUACCACCAAUAAUGGGUUGGCUACUACUACUGAAACCCAUGAAGAAGAUGGUGGUGAUGAUGGUGGUGGUGAAAACCAAACUUUGAAUAAUUCUUUAUCAUCAAUGUCAAUUACCAAUUCUCAUUCCAAUUCCAAUAGCUAUCAACCAACCGGUUCAACCAAUGUUGAUCCAGUACAAAUACCUCAAGAUUCCAAUUAUUCAUUAGAUGAUUCUUCAACUAAUGUUGUUGAAGAUAUAAUCAAUGAUAAUGAAUUAAUUUCUGUUAAAAUUGCUGAUUUAGGUAAUGCAUGUUGGACAAAUCAUCAUUUUACUGAUGAAAUUCAAACAAGACAAUAUCGAUCACCAGAAAUUUUAAUUGGUUAUUAUUGGGGAGCUCUGAGUGAUUUAUGGUCAUUUGCUUGUUUAAUAUUUGAAUUAUUAACUGGUGAUUAUUUAUUUGAUCCAAGAGAUGGUAAAUCAUAUAAAAAAGAUGAUGAUCAUAUAGCACAAAUUAUUGAAUUAAUUGGACCAUUUCCAAAUCAAAUGUUAAAAGAAAGUUAUUAUGCUCGAGAAUUUUUUAAUUCAAAAUAUGAAUUAAGAAGAAUUAUGAAAUUAAAACCUUGGGGGUUACAAGAUGUAUUAAUUGAAAAAUAUAAAUUUCCUUUAAAUGAUGCCAUUGAAAUUAGUGAAUUUUUAUUACCAAUGUUAAAAUUAAAACCUGAAGAAAGAGCAGAUGCUGGUGGAAUGUUAAAUCAUCCUUGGUUAAGAGAUGCUUUAGGUUUAGAAAAUGUGGUUUUGGAAAGACCUGUUGGUGGUUCAGGUGAAGAUAUUCCUGGUUGGUCAAGAGAAAUUUCUUCUUCUUCUACUACACAACAACAACAACAACAACCACAUCAAUCAAUAUCUUUAGGUCAACAACAACUGCAACAACAAUCACGCAAAUAUUCAAAUUCAAGUAGUUUUGGUCAUAAAAGUCAACCAUUUUAUCAUUAG